ACUUCGGCACCUGUGGCUCUCACGGUCUGACAGCUAACUUCGGUAACCAAUGUCAGUGUCCCUUGAAGUGCGAAUCUGUGGAGUGUGUUGUGCUAAUCGUCUGUGCCGCCGUGAAUUAGCAGUGAGAGGUGUUGAGGUGCUGGUGAAGGAUGCGUGUAGGGGCGCCAGUGACCACGUGACCCGAGUGAUGAGACAGGAACACGGUCCACCUGUUGCUGAGUGACCUGAGUGAUGGCACACGGAUAAGUGACCAGCAGUGAGUGUGACGCUCGUGGUGGCGGCGAGCGAGGCGCGGCGUGCGGGCGUGUGUGGUGGGGCGCGGCCGCACCCCGGCGCGUGGGUGAACGGCCCGCUGCCGGACAGGCUUGAGGCGGGCGCGCGGACGGCCUCGCCGGGCACCGCGGGUCUGGUGGGGCGCCGCCGGCAUGCCGCGGCGCGCGGCCCCGUAGCCUCGGCCCGCCUGCCGUCGCGAUGGAGAAGGUGGAGAAGAAACUGACGAGGUUCCGCGCGACGCUCAAGAACAAGAGGAAGUUGUCGCUGCCGGUGUUCAUCAACCAGUUCCAGCAGCAGUGGGCGGAGCAGCAUGGCGGCGGCGGCGGCGGGGGCGGCGGCGGCCUGGAUGGCAGCGUGGGCGGCGGCAGCCUCACGAGCAUCCCGCCGGCCGUGGACCGCGAUGGCCGCCGCGGCCUCUCGCCCACCGGCCUCAACCUGUCUUUCACGCCCCUUGAGGUGGGGCGGGAGCGCGGCCACAGCAUCGGCGGCUCACCCUACUCCACCCUCAGCCGCACGGGGGCGCCCUGCCCCUACCCUUGCCACAUCAACCUUAUCACCUCAGUGUCCUCUCCGGGCGGCACCACCCAGCUGGUGCCCGGCACGCCGCCCUUCCCCACCGUGCGCCUCAGUUUCCCAGACGGGAGCAGCUCAACGAGACCCGACCUGAAGUCAGACAGCCGGUGUACAAAUGACAAGGUAAGGGAGUCUUGAGCGUUGUGUUGCAGUGGUGUACAGGACAUGGCCGGGUUGAUGUUGUUUAAAGAUUAUUGUCCCUUCGUGGAGGAGCCAUGGGCCUUUGUGGGAUGACGGCCCAUGAGGAGGGAUGCGAAAG